AUGGACUGUGCUCCACAGAUAGCUCAAGCAAUAGAAGAAAGCAUUCCACAAGCUCAAAUACUUUGGUGCGGAGUACAUGUUCUUCGUGCAAUUCUUCGCAAAUCAAAUAAGUUUUCUUCUCAAGAAAAAUUUGAACAAUUCUAUAAUUUGAUGAAGGAUUUAGUCUUCAAAUUAGAUGCAGAACAUGAGGAAGAAGCAAAUGCUGCCUAUGAUCAAGUUCUGGAGUUGCUCGACACAGAUCCAACAGCAUCUCAAUACUUUAACAGACAAUGGCGUUACAACAUAUCAAGAUUGAUUGCUCGUGACAGGCGUGAAGGCGACGCAACUAACAAUAUUGCUGAAGCUCAUUUUAGAACACUCAAACAUGACUAUUUUCCUGAUCGAAAAAAUCUCAGAAUUGAUGAUGUUAUUAUAGAAAUUUAUACAAAAGUGAUACCAUCUUUCGUUAUCAAACUCAAAAUUGAUCAAAAUCCAGCAGAGGACCGUGUCAUUAGGAUCAUGGAAAAAGCAACUAACGCAGAAAUUGAUGUAAAAAGACAAAGAAAAAUCGAGAGUAUUUCAAUGCUCAAUAGAUUGCUCAAUGCUGUUAGUGAUGACUCAAUAGAUCCCACUAAAAUAUAUCCUACCUUGAAAGUAUUAUUACAAAGAACUCAUUUUAUUUAA